GGUAUUGUGGGCGUCGGCGCAGGCGCACUUUCGGGGUCAUCAUGGCGGCCCGUGUCCUCCUGCUCUCCUCCACUUGCCUCCGCCGCCGGUGCUGCAGCGGGAGCCGCGGCUUCUUCUCCGCCUCCUCCUCCCCGCUCGGACGUCUCAGCCUCCCGCUACCGCCCGCCUCCCGCCUCAACUGCUUGGCCCCCCUCCAGCCGCCGGGACCCGCCAGGCUGACGCCGCAGGUCUCUGGAACGUUGCUUCAAUUAUGUCGUCAUUACUCUGAGAUGCCUCCUUUGACCCUGGAUAACAUCAAAGAUCGAGUUCUUUAUGUCCUGAAACUGUAUGAUAAGAUAGAUCCAGAAAAACUCUCGGUAACUUCCCACUUCAUGAAAGACCUGGGCUUGGACAGCCUGGACCAAGUGGAGAUCAUCAUGGCAAUGGAAGAUGAAUUUGGAUUUGAAAUCCCUGAUGUGGAAGCAGAGAAGCUGAUGUGUCCGCAAGAGAUUGUAGAUUACAUUGCCGAUAAGCAGGACGUGUACGAAUAAUUGUUUGUGUCAAGCUGAGCAACUCUGUUCUGUCCUGAGGGCUAGGAUGAUGUCAGCAGGAAGAGGGGACCGUGUCAUGGAAGCUCUGUGCUGUAUUGAAUCACUAUUGCGCUCAGAGGAAUAGUCCUGUUGGCUGCUGUAUUUAAAGCUGUGUAAUAUAUGUUGGCCUUCAAAAUAAAAAGACUGAUACUGACUCCUUUA